CAAGAGAACCACCAUGGCAUCGUGAACAAAAACCGGCAGGUGAUAUUCUUUGUAACAUGCCUUCGUAUUGCUCUUUGCCCAGUUUACUUCUGGUCCAUAUAUCGUUAUGACUCUCGCUUCAAAGAGGCAAUUGUCGGCAAAGAGAUGCUUUACUAUCAUCUACAAAACUCGACAUAUUUCAGUCGCCAAUAGCGCUUGAUGCUUUCGAGGCAGGUCUUCAAAUCAGGCUGAGCUGCAAAUCAGGCUCGCUGAACACGGAUCUCGGCCGUAUGCGUCAAACAGCUUCUCAACGGGUAGGGCCCUAAUUAGUAGCCCGUCCCCGUGGAUGUGCAAGAUCUUAUUCAUACUCUUUCCGUUCAACUGAUCUGUAUCGCAACUCUUUUUGCCAUUCUUUUCACUCAAUCACCGAGGGCGUGUGGCAAUCCAACCCGUCAAGCCCAAACCAACAGCAUUUACCCUUUCUAAUGGUCCUCUCAGCAAACCCUCGACGCACCCUGUCUGACAUCCCUUGCUCCAACUCGCCCAACCUGUCCGCGCACCAUGCCCAGAAGGCAAAGGGCCCGCCACGCCCGUGAACAUUGGGAUGCCCGCCGACAGCCCAAGAAGCGCAAGUCCGUCGCCAAUAAGCCAGCUCCAAUCUCUUGGGCAACCUCGGAUGCCGUAAAAGCUGGCUUCAGAGGAGGUCCCUCGUCACCCCGGAAACUCACGAGUACCACCAGCGAUGGUGGCAACACGCUAGAGCCAAGCAGUGGUUACAGUCUCAGACGGCGGACGAGGGGCAAAGACCAGCGUUUACUUGGCACAUCAGCAGAGAAACAACAAGAUGAAGGUCAUCUAUGUACUAGCCAGGAUGGUGUCAACAGUGAUGGUGGUACCAUGAAUAGUUGGAUGCACGAAAAUGCCUCCAACAUUACGACUCUCCAGGAUCGAAUUAUCGAAGAGAAUAUCGAGGCUGAGACUACGCCCAAAACUCGAAUCGAUGCAGCCACGGUCCAAGAAAACCGCCGACGGCUACGCGAGAGCGAAGAGAUGGCACGGCGCAAGGCAAUUGCAAAGUAUCAGCUCACCAACGACCCCGAGGUCUUCAGGCCGUUCCUGGCGCCCUUUAUCGCGAGUGGGGAACACGAACGGGAGCUGGGCGAGUGGCAAUGGGACGCUGAGGUGGAGCGCUAUUGGAGGAUGAACAAAACGACGGGGACAAAGGUCUGGGAACCUCUGUGGGAGUCGUUUAUUUGAACCCAUGCUUUUGGGGUUGUUGAUAAUGCUCAACGGAAGAGCUCGUUGGUGCAAUGUAGUUUUGUAGGACUAGGACUUGGAGCAAUUUCUCUUGGUGUGUCUAUGAUGUUCGGUUUGCGGAAGGAUAAAGAAAGAUGAGCCUUGGGGCGCGAAGAACUUGCUCUGAGAGAGGUUUGCUCAUUCUUAUUCUGUAAUGCACAGUGCUCUUCUUCCCGUUGUUUAGUUGGCGGUGCUCUGCGGUAGCUGCAUGGUUAGGUGUGCUGGCUGUGGAGCAGAAGACGAAUGUUUCCUUUCGCAUCUUCGAUAUUUCCUCUAGUUCCGGCCCUCUAUUAACCCGAUCAGCUGCAGGCUAAUGAAAUCCUGAUUCCUGCUUGGCCUCCAAGCCCCGGAACCAAGGCCGAUAAAACAGUGCUCUACUAUGGUGUGUAUCAGUCGCCUGUUUUCUCACAGUCCUGGAUUGGAGAGAAAUCUCCCCACAUGCUCAAGCCGC